AUGAAACCUUUUAAUAUCUUCACUUUCAAAAGCACCUUAAGAAGCGACUCGACGCUUUACAACGGUGUCAAGUUGACUGUCAACUACAAUGAACCAAAUACCAAUAUACAAUGUCUUACACAAAAUGUUACUACUGGCCGAGAGGUGACAGGCAGUGGUACUACUGGCCGAGAGGUGACGGGCAGUGGUACUUCUGGCCGAGAGGUGACGGGCAGUGGUACUCCUGGCCGAGAGGUGACAGGCAGUGGUACUACUGGCAAAGAGGUGACUGGCAGUGGUACUACUGGCAAAGAGGUGACUGGCAGUGGUACUACUGGCCGAGAGGUGACAGGCAGUGGUACUACUGGCCGAGAGGUGACGGGCAGUGGUACUUCUGGCCGAGAGGUGACGGGCAGUGGUACUCCUGGCCGAGAGGUGACAGGCAGUGGUACUACUGGCAAAGAGGUGACUGGCAGUGGUACUACUGGCAAAGAGGUGACUGGCAGUGGUACUACUGGCCGAGAGGUGACAGGCAGUGGUACUACUGGCCGAGAGGUGACAGGCAGUGGUACUACUGGCCGAGAGGUGACUGGCAGUGGUACUACUGGCCGAGAGGUGACGGGCAGUGGUACUACUGGCCGAGAGGUGACGGGCAGUGGUACUACUGGCCGAGAGGUGACUGGCAGUGGUACUACUGGCCGAGAGGUGACGGGCAGUGGUACUACUGGCCGAGAGGUGACGGGCAGUGGUACUACUGGCCGAGAGGUGACGGGCAGUGGUACUACUGGCCGAGAGGUGACGGGCAGUGGUACUACUGGCCGAGAGGUGACGGGCAGUGGUACUACUGGCCGAGAGGUGACGGGCAGUGGUACUACUGGCCGAGAGGUGACGGGCAGUGGUACUACUGGCCGAGAGGUGAUGGGCAGUGGUACUACUGGCCGAGAGGUGACAGGCAGUAGUACUACUGGCCGAGAGGUGACGGGCAGUGGUACUACUGGCCGAGAGGUGACAAACAGGAGUACAUUGUUAUCAACAGUGAUCAUUUUGCGUCAGAUAUAAUUAUGGUCAAAUUUAGGCAAAGUUAGCCCCUUUAUAUAUAUAGAGUCAAAACUAAAUCAAUGUUUCCCUUUGAGAUUUUAGUGGGUAUUUGAAUGUUUUCGAAAA